UCCAAGGGUUAACUUUGUCUCUGUCUACAUGCUGGUCGUUCUGGGCUGUUCUCAUUCAUUCUCCUGACUGCAAAAAAUUUCCAGGGGCUGUUUGUGAAGGGUAUUUAUUUUGAAGGAACAUAAUGAAUCUGCAGGAAUACUUCAGAAGGAUCGGGUUCGGCGGCGUGUACGAGAAACCCGACUUGGCCACGCUCCGCACCGUCCACAAGCUGCACGUGAUGAGCGUCACCUUCGAGAACCUCAGCAUCCACUGUGGAGAGCGGAACACCAUGGACCUGCAGAUCAUUUAUGAGAAGAUUGUGAGAAACCGUCGUGGAGGAUGGUGCUGUGAAAACAACCUUCUCUUCUCCUGGGUGCUGAGAGAGAUGGGCUACAAAUACACCACACUGGGCGCUAAAGUCUUCAACAUGCUCAAAAAUGACUUUAAUCCUAUGGAUUCCCACCUCAUUAACAUGGUGGAGAUCGAAGGCAAGCCGUAUAUAGCUGAUGUGAGUUUUGGAGUGUCGUACCAGAUCUGGUACCCGUUAGAAAUGAUUGCAGGGAAAGAUCAACCACAGCCAGCAGGGAUCUUCCGCCUGCUGAACAAUGGUGAGACUUGGACGCUGGAGAAGACCGGAAGGAAGCCACUGGUCCAGAAUGAAGCCUUCGCCAGUUCCAGCCUCGUCGACAAGUCUGUCACGAAGACUAUGUACUCAUUUUUGUUAACUCCACGUGGGAUUGAUCAUUUCCUGAACACAACCGAGUACCUGCAGACCAGCCCCGAGUCUCUGUUCACCCAGAAAUCCAUCUGUUCCCUCCAGACCCCAACUGGGUUCAGAGCUCUGAUUGGUUGGACCUACAGUGAAGUCACUUUUAACCCUGACGAAGACACGGACCUCAUCGAGAUGAGAGAUGUAGCUGACAGUGAGAUAGAGACUAUACUAAAGGAAAAGUUCAACAUCGUUUUAGCUAAUAAACUAACGGCAAUAAAUAACAAAGCUUCAUUUAAACUAUAGAACAUCUCUAAUGAUUUAGAUGUUUUAGUUGAUGAUCAAUAUGAAAUUUAGGCAUAAAUCAUAGAAAAUAUAAAGCACAUCACUACUGACUCCAGUAUGUCUUAAAGCAUCACUCCAAAACUGAAAUAAAGUUUAUUAUUAAUCA